AACCACAACAACUCGUCUGAUGCUUCAUGAUCUCAAAGUUCGCUAAUCCGCACCUCCAAAGUCAAGACUUUGAGCUUGUGUCUCGAGCACAGCUUAGGUCUGAUGUAGACCCCUUUAUUGACACGGACGGUACAUCUGAUGUUGAGGUCACGACCUCGAAGCGCAAGCUGUAUGAGCUCCUCUUCUCAGAGUUUGAGCAGUUUCUAUCAACAACUCCUAGUCAUCCUCGUAGGAAGAAAAGGCGAUGCAAUGGGAACGAGCUAACACCACCGGACGUAGAGGAUGGUCUAAUAUCGUUUCGUCUGCUUUCCAGUACAGCACCUCCAAGGACCAUAUCAACUAUCCCGAAACCUCCACCCAGGCCAAAAACAAGACCACCUGAUUGCGAAGACAAUCCUAUCCAAGCUGACGAACGGAUGAGACGCGCCCAGUCUGUAGCCGUAGACUUUACACGGCCAGACGUGCCGUCGCAAAAGCACCUCAAUUCAUUUGUACAAGACAACCAGAAAGUCAUUCGUAUGAAGGGCGAUUUACCAAUUCCUCACCCUGCAGUGAUGGUCACCGAAAGUCAUCGACACAGAAUAGUGCGUAGGCAGGCAGGACCAACAAUACCUGGUGCCAUCGACUCCCCGCAUUCAUUGCGGGCAACCUGCAUUGUCUUCCCUACUGCUUUCCCUGAGGAUUUGCAACCACAUCGCAAGACACACGCCAAAGCAGUUAAGAAGCGGUCUUACGAACGCCCGCCUCCUGCUUAUUGGAGGCCAGAUUCUAAUCAACGGGGACAAUGCGCGGGCUAUGGAUUGGGCUAUCCAGGAAGUUGGAGUGUUCGUUACGAGGGCGAUCCGAGGAAACGAUGGUAUGUGAGAGAUACAAUGCGGAAAGCGACUUUCAUCGCGUAGAACUUCUUUGUUGCUGUUGAGCGUGAUUAUUCUUCGAAUCACAUUCAUGGACGUUUACUUUUUUGUGAGUUGGAACUUUACUUAGAUUGAGGCAGCUUUGAGUUUGAGGCACCUUGAAGUGGUAGCCCUAUGAUAAUAGACCUUAUCUCCAUUUGUCUAGUAUGGUUCUAA